UUUGGUUAUUUAUUUGGAAAAUUUUGGUUAGACAAUGACAGAAACAUGGAGGAAAUGCUGUUCUUUGAAACAACUAUCGCUCGAACACGAAGAACCAAUCUUAUUUGUUGUUUCACAAUGGCAAAAAGAGCAAAAACCAAGUGUUAUGUAUUUGGUCUAUCGUUGGAUCAUCGGUGUUUUUUUCUUCACGACUUUCCUAAUCUCUGUCUGCGUUGUGAAGCACCCCGACGCCGACUUGUCGUUCAAAGCCAAAUGGUUGAUUUACUUGACAAAUUGGGGUUACACCAUUUGCACCUUACAAUCUUUGAUAAGUGCUAUGGCCCUGUCCAUUUGCGUCUUGGCGCUUCGCUUGCGAAAAUAUCUCAACCUGCAAUCUAUAACUCUGAAAUUUUAUAAGUUGUACUGGAUGUUGAACGUGAUUGCUACUGACACCGCACUUGAGAUAACUAUACUAUACUGGUCUUUAAUUUACGAUGACAAAGUCAUAAGCUUCAACGCUAUGAAUUUUUUUCUUCACGCUAAUAAUUCCGUGUUGAUGAUGAUAGAUCUGUUUGUUGUGGCGUAUCCUACUCGGCUGCUUCACUGCUGCUACUCUGUUGUUUUUGGAAUAUGUUACAUAGUAUUUAGCGUCAUUUUUUACGCAGCUGGAGGCAUCAGCAGAAAAGGAAAUGUUUAUAUCUACAAAAUCCUGGACUGGCGAAAACCGUUAACUACGACAGUGAUUUGUCUCGCUGCUCUUGCGUUAGUUGUUGUUAUACAUGUUACUUGUUGGGGAUUACAUAAAUUCAGAAUAUGGAUGCAUUCAAAAUGUGUUCCGGAAGCUGGAACCCAUUGAAAUGCAUGAUAUAAGUAAUAAAAAGACACGAAA